UUUCCGAUCAUGGCCGCGGCCGCGGACGAGGCGCUGGCCCCGGCGGGCGCCCUGGGAGGUCUCGUCCAGGACUUUGUGGCUGGGCACCAGGAUGGCCCGGCGGCAGAGGUGGCGGCAGAUGUGAAAUCUGGUCGUUGUACUGUAUUACAAGUGGUGGAAGCCCUUGGGUCUUGCCUGGAGAAUCCAGAACCCCGGACUCGAGGUCGAGGGAUCCAGCUUCUGUCCCAGGUGCUCCUUCAGUGUCAUCCCUUGCUCCUAGAAAAGGAAGUGGUACACCUGACCCUCUUCUAUGAGAAUCAGCUCAAGGACCAUCACCUGGUGAUCCCAUCUGUGCUGCAAGGUCUGCGAGCACUGAGUAUGAGUGAUGUGCUCCCUCCAGGCCUGGCUGUAUCUGUGCUCAAAGCCAUCUUUCAGGAAGUGCAUGUACAGUCUCUGACACAGAUGGAUCGACACACAGUCUACAGCAUCAUUACCAAUUUCAUGCGCACCCGAGAAGAAGAACUGAAGGGCCUGGGAGCUGAUUUUACCUUUGGCUUCAUCCAGGUAAUGGAUGGGGAGAAAGAUCCUCGAAAUCUUCUGGUAGCCUUCCGAAUUGUCUAUGACCUCAUUUCAAAGGAUUAUAGCUUAGGACCUUUUGUAGAAGAACUAUUUGAGGUGACAUCCUGUUACUUUCCUGUUGAUUUUACUCCACCACCUAAUGACCCCCAUGGUAUCCAAAGAGAAGAUCUCAUCCUGAGUCUCCGGGCAGUUCUGGCUUCCACACCUCGAUUUGCUGAGUUCCUGCUGCCGCUGCUGCUCGAAAAGGUAGACUCUGAGAUGCUCAGUGCCAAACUGGACUCCUUGCAGACGCUGAAUGCCUGCUGUGCUGUGUAUGGGCAGAAGGAGCUGAAAGACUACUUGCCCAGUCUGUGGACCUCCAUCCGUAGAGAGGUCUUCCAAACAUCCAGUGAGCGGGUGGAGGCUGAAGGCCUGGCAGCCCUGCACUCCCUGUCUGCGUGUUUGUCUAGAUCUGUGCUGGAGGCUGAUGCAGAGGACCUCCUAGACUCCUUUCUCGGCAGCAUCCUGGAGGAUUGCAGGCACCACCUUUGUGAACCUGACAUGAAGCUGGUGUGGCCUAGUGCCAAGCUGUUACAGGCGGCCGCAGGGGCAUCCGCUCGGGCCUGUGACCGCGUCACCAGCACUGUGAUACCCUUGCUUCUGGAACAGUUCAAUCGGCACAGCCAGAGCAGCCAGAGACGGACAAUACUAGAGAUGCUUCUGGGUUUCUUAAAACUACAGCAAAAGUGGGGAAAUGAGGACAAAGAUGAAAUACUCCUGAGUACCUUCAAGACCCCGCUGUGUUCACUGGUCUCCUUGGCCCUGGCAGACCCCAGUACACAACUCCAGCUAGUUGCCAUCCGUGCCCUCACAGUCUUGGGUGCCCAGCCAGGGCUGCUGUCUACCCAGGACCUGGAACUGGCAAUUGAUCAUCUUUACAGGCUGAGCUUCCUGGAGGAGGAGUCCCAGAGUUGUUUGGCAGCUAUGGAAGCAUCAGGGACGCUGGCCACCCUCUAUCCCACAGUCUUCAUUAGCCACCUGGUGCCCCGGCUAGCAGAGGAGCUCCAUACAGGGGACACAGAGUUGGCCAGCGGGGAGGGACCUUCAUACCAAGCCAGACGCUUGCGCUGCCUACAGGCCCUGUCGGCUGUGUCUACACAUGCCAGCAUUGUCAGGGAGACCCUUCCCCUGUUGUUGCAGUACCUCCGUCACGUGCACAGAGGGAAAAAUGCCGACUCCAGUGAGGUUAUUGCAGUAUGCCGAAGUCUCCACCUGGUGGCGGGGCAGUGCCAGCAGGAGCCUGAGAGUUGCUGGUACUUCCAUCAGACAGCUGUCCCUUGCCUACUUGCCUUGGCUGUUCAGGCAUCCAUGCCAGAGAAAGACCUCCCCAGUCCUGGGAAGCUGCUAUUGGAGGAGGAGGUCUUGGCUGCCAUGGUCUCUGUCAUCAGCACAGCCAGCACCCACCUAAGUCCUGAGCUAGCUGCUCAAAGUGUGGCCCUUGUUGUGCCUUUGUUCUUGGAUGGUGACGUAUCCUUUCUCUCUGAAAACAGCUUCCCCAGCAAGUUCCUCCCGUUCCAGAAUAGCUCCUCAGAACAGAAGCGGCUGGUUGCACUUCUUAUGGCCUUUGUUUGCUCUCUGCCCAAGAAUGUGGAGAUACCUCAACUGGACAGGCUUAUGCAAGAGCUGCUAACUCUGAGCUGCCACCAUGACAGGCUCUUCUCCUGCACUGCUGCUGCCAAGUGUUUUGCGGGGCUACUCAAUAAACACCCAGCAGGGCAGCAGCUAGAUGAAUUCCUACAGAAAGCUAUGGAAAAAGUAGAGGCUGGCCUGAGCCCGGGGCCCUGUCGGAGUCAGGCUUUCACACUGCUCCUCUGGGUGACAAAGGCUUUAGUACUCAGAUACCACCCUCUCAGCUCCCGCCUCACAGAGAGGCUAAUGGGCCUUUUGAGUGACGCAGAAUUGGGCCCCGCUGCAGCUGAUGGCUUCUCCCUUCUGAUGGCCGAUUGCCCAGAUGUGCUGCACCGAGCUGGCCACGCUGAAAUACGCAUCAUGUUCCGCCAGCGCUUCUUCACGGACAGUGUGCCCGCCCUGGUCCAGGGUUUCCACGCUGCUCCUCAGAACGUGAAGCCAAACUACUUGAAGGGUUUGUCUCAUGUACUCAAUAGCCUGCCGAAACCCGUGCUCCUGCCAGAGUUACCGACGUUACUUUCCCUGUUGCUUGAGGCUUUAUCCUGCACAGACUGUGUGGUACAGCUCUCCACCCUCAGCUGCCUUCAGCCUCUUCUACUAGAUGCCCCACAAGUCAUGAGUCUUCACAUCGACACCCUUGUCACCAAGUUCUUAAACCUCAGUUGUAGCCCUUCUAUGGCUGUUCGGAUUGCUGCAUUACAGUGCAUACAUGCACUCACCAGGCUGCCAACUCCUGUGCUCCUGCCCUACAAAAUGCAAGUGAUCCGGGCCUUGGCCAAGCCACUGGAUGACAAGAAAAGGCUGGUCCGCAGAGAAGCAGUGACUGCCAGGGGGGCAUGGUUCCUCCUGGGGAGCCCAGGCAGCUGAGGUUUCAGCCUCAUGCCUGAUGAUCUCUCCCGAGUCACUGACCUCUCCAGGCGUCUUCCUGCCGAAUGGGCCCUGUCCAGGGAGGGGGAGACCAUUGUCCUCCUCCCCACUGUGGGCUCAGUUCUGUGCUGCAUGGCUGGGCAAUGAAUGCAAUAUUCCUCAUUGCUCGUGGAUAUUGUGAAGUGACACUGGGGCCUGGGGCCAUGGGAGUGUGCUGGCUACAGAGUGAAGAGGGCCAAGUUGUAUGAGGGUAAAGGAGCUAGCCUGGGUACCCUCCUGAGGAAUGAUUGUGAAUGAUUGGCCCUAAGGGCUACAGAGAAUUUGUAUGUAUGUUGUGUGUAUGGCUAGAAAAUAAAAACAUCUUUUGAUUAUA